UAAUUAUUAUUUAUUUGGUACAUAAUCCAGAUUCUCUAACCCAUCGUUUUCUUCAUCAUUCGUUCACUCAAUUCCAUCACGCUCGCUCUUUUCCUUUGCUUUCACACCUCCCUCUGUUCUUUUCCUUCGCUAACCUCUCCCAUCCUUCUUCGCUUUUACAUCGUUUUUCAGCAAGCAAAUUGAGCUCUUUCAAAUCAAAUCAAAUUGGUUUCUGGAGUAGGUAGAUAGAGAGUUAGAUGUGUUUAGUUGGCUCAUGAUGACAACACAUGACAUGGAUCCUGAUGUUGUUCGUUGGGGCUUACAUCUUCUAGAUGUUUGCACAUUUUCACAUGGUGGUACCUCUGGUGUCGUAACUCGAUGUGAUCCCGAUUUAAGUCGAGUUGAAUAUGUUAGGGAAGGCUUCUGUGAGCAUUCAUAUGUUGAAGAUGACGAGGCUGUUGCACGGGCGUAUCAAGAAGAAUUAUCACAACUUGAUUCUAUGGAGGCUUCUGGGAUUUCAAAUUUUGAGAACGAGCAAGUACGGGCAUCUGUGAAUGCGCAAGACUGGCUAUCUUCUUCAAAUCGGAGCUAUAACUUUGAUAAUCAACAUGUAGGCAAUGAAUCUUGCCAGAAUCCUGUCGGCGAAUCAGGCCAUAUGAAAGGAGUGGAGGAAUGUUGUCCAAAUGAAAGGGAAAACGAUGCACAUGAAGUUGGAUUGUUUGGUUCGUCUUCUAGGUCAGGAGAGUUUCCCACCAUUACUGAUGAAAUGUGGCAGUCAUUGGAAAUAUCGGAUGAGUCUUCUCUUGACGGUGAAGUAGGAAAAAGAUUAAACCAGAUGGUUUCCAUUCCGCAUGUUCCGAAAACCAACGAAAAAAUGCCAUCUGACGAUGAAGAAAUAUCAGACCAUCAAAGGCUGCUAGACAGACUGCAGUUAUAUGAACUGAUUGAGUCUAGGGUUGAAGGAGAUGGUAACUGCCAGUUUCGUGCUUUGUCAGAUCAACUCUAUCGCUCUCCAAACCUCCACAAAUUUGUGCGGGAACAAAUUGUUCAACAGCUCAAGUCUGACUCAGAUCUUUAUGCUGGUUAUGUUCCUAUGGCUUAUAGUGAAUAUUUAAAGAAGAUGAGCAAGAGUGGUGAAUGGGGCGAUCAUGUCACGUUGCAGGCUGCUGCAGAUUGGUAUGGCGUCAAAAUAUUUGUGAUUACAUCUUUCAAGGACACAUGUUACAUUGAGAUUCUUCCACAAAUACAGAAGUCUGGAAGGGUAAUAUUUCUGAGCUUUUGGGCAGAGGUACAUUACAAUUCAAUUUAUCCGGAAGGAGAAAUGCCUUCAUCUUAUGUAAAGAAAAAGAAGAGAUGGUGGAAUUUCAGCAAUUAGGAUCAGCGCACAAAUGGAUGCAACUAUUUCACGCAUCUGUUGCAGACGAUCUGACCAUAGUUUUGACUCUUAAACCACUGGAUCAUCAGUUUGACAGGCUUUAUGCUUUUAUUUUGAGAUGCCUAUAUAUUUAUUUGUUUAUUUAUUCCUUGAUGUUGCCGGUGCCAAUAGCUAGAGUUGGUUCCUCCCUCUUUGCCUCCUUCUAUUCUUUUCUGUAUAUAACAAUAAAAAUAAUAACAAUAACCUUUGUUUUUCCUUCUUUGUACAAUAUUCAAUGCAAAAUAAUAUUUCCAAGCUCA